AUGCGCACUCUUCUAACGUCUUGCCAACGUGUCUGUCGAGACUGGCAUAAUCUGAUCACGAAGUCACCGUGGAUUGAAAAUGCCCUCUUUUUCAUUCCUAUCAAUGAAUCCGAAUGGGGCGCGGGAGAAAAGGUAUCCAAUACGCUGCUGGCAGAGAUGUUUUCUGCCAAUUUUCCUGCCAAGGGCGAGCAAAACAACGACUUUCACUUUUCCGAUUGCGAGAUGACUAAAAGUUUGGAUCGGUUUGUCCGGAAAGAUGCUAGCUGGCGCAGGAUGCUCGUGCAACAACCUCCUAUUUUAAAGCUCGGUCUUUUUUAUAUUGAUUCUGGUAGGGGUGGCGAUAGCGCUCACUGCAUUAGUAUUCCCGCAAAUCCGAAGAGGCAAGCAAACGGAGACGAGGGCCUUCGAAUGGGAAGGCUCUUUGAGAUCUUGCUAUUCGAUUCGCCAAUUCGAGUGGGAAGGCCCAGACCUGCACGCCUUUGUUGGUCGACGGAUGAGCCAAUUGAUUUCUAUUCAAGGCAUGAAAUGAACAAAGACGCGUUUCAACGAAUGCUGGGUCAAUUAGGUCUAGUUUUAUAUACCGCGCAAGUAAUCCAAUGCGGGAUGGGCUUCCGGGGCGGACCUUAUUAA